AGCAUCAUGGGUCGCAAAUUCGUUGUCGGCGGAAACUGGAAGAUGAAUGGCGACAAGAACCAGAUCAACGAGAUAGUCAACAACCUGAAGAAAGGUCCUCUGGACCCCAAUGUUGAGGUUGUUAUUGGUGUACCUGCCAUCUACCUUGCUUACGUGAAAAGCAUCAUUCCUGACACCAUCAGUGCAGCUGCCCAAAACUGCUGGAAGACCGCUAAAGGAGCAUUUACUGGUGAAAUAUCGCCAGCGAUGAUCAAAGAUGUUGGGUGUGAGUGGGUGAUCCUCGGCCACUCGGAGAGAAGAACAAUCUUUGGCGAAAAGGACGAGUUAGUCGCUGAGAAGGUUGCUCACGCAUUGGAGUCCGGUCUGAAAGUGAUCGCGUGCAUCGGCGAGACCCUGGAAGAGCGUGAGGCAGGCAAGACCGAGGAGGUGGUGUUCCGGCAGACGAAGGCGCUGAUCCCGGCCAUCGGCAGCAACUGGGACCGCGUGGUGCUGGCCUACGAGCCCGUGUGGGCCAUCGGCACCGGGAAGACCGCCUCGCCUCAGCAGGCUCAAGACGUACACGCGUCCCUCCGCAACUGGCUGUCCGCGAACGCGUCGGCGGACGUGGCGGGCGCCGUGCGCAUCCAGUACGGCGGCUCAGUGACGGCGUCCAACGCCAAGGAGCUGGCGUCCUGCGCCGACAUCGACGGCUUCCUCGUCGGCGGCGCCAGCCUCAAGCCCGAGUUCGUUGACAUCGUUAACGCCACUCAGUAAACUCCACUUACUAACGUAGGUUGGGUCACAAAACGUGUGCGCGGCUGCGCUGAAGUCCCUAAGCAUUCAAGUAACUACCGAAUGGGACAUGACACAGCAAAUUUGAAGAAACGUGUUAAAAUGCACGAAUUUAGUCGGUAUUUGUUUUUGCUACCAAACUUGACAAAUAAUACUCGGUUUGACAAUAUUUUUAACAUGAAGGACAUUGUAGUAAAGUGAGAUUAUGACAGACAAAAUAAAGUAACUCAUUAUCUGUAACACCUAUUGUAAGUUGCAUCUUGUUAAAUAUUAGCUGUCGCGUCUAUGAUUGUUGAUUGCAGCUGGGCGGUCGUUUUGUGUAUACCCUGCUAUUAGUACUCAUUUAUACAUUAUAUGCAUACGAUAUUUUAGUAAUAGUUAUAGAUGUCGUAUGCUUGCAGUUUGCAUUAUCCGUUUUAUAAGUUAACAUUUAUAAUAACUUUUCGUUUGUAAGUUUAUAUUAAAUCAAAUCUGAUAUGAGAGUAUGUCUAUUUGGUUAUUGUUGUGUAUUUAUAGAGCGUUCGAUUUUUUCAAAUUGUACUGUUAAAGUGUCUUGUACGUGAAUAAAUUCCCUAUAUUACCGUU